AUGCAGUCGGAAACGGCGCAAAUCCCGAUCAAAGUUGUGGUUGUGUCAAUGUUCGAGCAUGGAGAACUCAGCGGCGACAGACCCGGUGAGUUUCAGUUCUGGGUUGAACGGUUACCUUUGGCAAAGCAACUCGACUUUCCGCUUGGACCUUAUCCACUUCGUAUGAAUGAAGCUGGUGUGCUUGGCGUCUGCCUGGGGGGUGGUAUUGCCAACGCCGCAGCGACGAUAAUGGCGUUGGGAUUGGACUCACGUUUUGAUUUUUCACAAAGUUACUGGCUUGUAGCCGGCAUUGCCGGGGGCGAUCCCGAGGACAGCACGCUGGGCAGCGCGGUUUGGGCCAACCAUAUAGUUGACGGUGAUCUGUUAUAUGAAAUUGACGGUCGCGAAAUCCCUGCUGACUGGCCUUACGGCAUGAUCCCUCUGGGUGCAGAGCGCCCUGCCGAAACGCCACAGGAUACGUCCACCGGUUGGACACUGGAUACGAUCCACUUUGCUUUGAACGCAGAUCUUGCACGCUGGGCUUUUGAUCUCACAGAGCAGAUUAAAAUUCCCGACUCACCGGGACUGCAGCGCGGGCGGGCAGGGUACACGGGGUUCCCGGCAGCACUCGCACCACCUGUUGUCAUGAUGGGCGACACGCUGUCAUCCAGUACUUAUUGGCACGGUGCCCUGUUGAAUGAAUGGGCGAAUGACUGGGUGCCCCUGUAUGCCGGUGACGAAGCUGAGUUUGUCACCACGAAUAUGGAAGACAGUGGCACGCUGACGGCGCUUGAGCGGCUGCACGAGAUUGGUAAGGUCGAUCUGCAGCGGGUCAUGGUUUUGCGCACGGUGAGUAAUUUUUCCAUGCCGCCUCCUGACAAAACCGCUGCCUGGAGUGCAACUGCUGAAUAUGCUGACAAGGGUCUGCCAGCGCUGGAAUCGGCAUUCAGUGUUGGGAAUACUGUGGUUCAGGGACGACUGCGUCAGCAGCACCCAGCGCUUCAGUGGGCGAAUGAGGUGGUACAGGCACAGGACUGGUUCGAAGCCUUUAAAGAUCGUGCGACGCCGGCGCAACUUCACCAGUUCUUGUAUGUCAUGCCCAAAGGUGGGGAUCUGCACCUGCACAUUACCGGUUCCGUGUUGUCGGAAUGGAUUUAUGCUAUUGCGCUUGAGCAGUCAGCUAAUGGUUAUCGUUACUAUUCCAAACACAAAAUCGAAAAUUGUCCAAGUGGAUUGAUUGGUGGUCGAAGCACGCCUUACCUUAUGCUUUAUCAGACCGUUGAUCAGGUGGGUUACGAUGCACUCGACGCCUGCGAACAACAGGAAUACGUUGCGCUGGAUGAAUUCACCCCCGUGCAGAUUGAACGCUGGCAGAACGGCUUGCGUCUGGAUAAGCCUUACGAAGGGCGAGAUGAGUUUUUCAGUAAACACUGGGAGCGAUUGGGUGAUCUGGUCCGCAACCCAUAUGUGGUGGGGGAAUUUCUGGUGCGUAACAUGCAGGCCUUUGCCGCCGAAGGUCUGGUCUAUAUGGAGCCUCAGGUGCCGAUCUUUGGCUUUCGAAAAGCGGAUGGCCAGACCCUUACGCCGGAUGACGUGAUGGCCAUAUAUAUUGAUCGUCUCGCCCGGAAGGACGCCCUGGACACGGGUAUGACCCUGCGGAUGCAGGUGUCUUUGCUGCGCUUUUUACCAGACGCCGAAGAGAUUCUGACCUACCUUUACAAAUUCGCCCAUGCUUAUGAGCAGGUGGUCGCGGUUAAUUUUGUGGGCCGCGAAGAUAACGACAAAGGUUAUCCGCUGCGGUUUCUGGACACCUUGCGAGAGCUGCGCAAGACCUACAGCGGCGUGCAACUGUCGAUUCAUGCGGGGGAGGUGGAUGAACCGAAUUACCAUGUCCGCGAUACUCUGUUGUUGGGUGCGGACCGGAUCGGUCACGGCGUUAAUCUCAUCACUGAUCCAGGUACCCUUAUCGAUAUGCGUUAUGGCCCUUAUCUGGUAGAGGUAAAUCUGAUUUCCAAUCUGCUGCUUGAAUAUGUCACGCAAUAUGACCAGCACCCGUUUCCUGAAUAUCUGCGCACUGGUGUACCUGUGGCCUUGUCGACCGACGACCGGGGCAUGUGGGAUUCGACAAUGACAGAUGAGUUUUUUGUGGCGGUCACUGAGUUUGACCUGAGUUGGGACGAGAUCCUUACCCUGAGUCGAAACUCGCUGUCAUACAGUUUUCUUGGUGCUGCUGAAAAACAACGUGUUCUGGCACUUUACAACAAGCGUAUCGAGCGUUUCGAAAAAGACUUUCUGCGCAAGGGUGACAAAGUCUUCGCAGAUGCGCAGCCACCCCGUCUGCUGUUCGGUUGCACGCAGACCAAGCAGGAACAGACAACAGCAGUGGCGGAAAAACUGCCGGUCAAAAUAGUGGUGGUCACCAUGUUUGAGCGCGGCGCCAUUGAAGGCGACGAACCAGGCGAGUUUCAGUUCUGGAAGGAGCGUCGUGAGCUGGAUCAGAAGUUUGAAUUACCCCACGCCCACCACGACCUCUACUACAACGCAGACAGCCAGAUCCUGGGUAUGAUCACCGGUGUUGGCACCGCCAAAGCAGCUGCCUCGACCAUGGCGCUUGGACUUGAUCCACGUUUUGACCUGACACAGGCUUAUUGGUUAGUUGCUGGCAUAGCAGGGAUUGAUCCAGAAGAUGCAUCCAUCGGCUCUGCUGCCUGGUCGGCUUAUCUUGUGGACGGUGAUCUCGGACACGAGAUCGACAUCAGAGAAGUGCCUGAGGAUUGGGACGUCGGCUAUUUUGCGCGCCGUACCCAAAAACCUUUUGAUCCGAAUAAACCGCAACCCAAUGGCGAGAUGUUUCUGCUCAAUGAGCAGCUGCGUGAUUGGGCGUUCGAGCUGACGGAAUCCGUUGUGUUGCCGGAUCUGCCUGGGCUUGCGAAAACACGAGAACAGUACACCAAUCACCCCAACGCACAGAAACCUCCGUUUGUGCUCAAAGGUGGUCACAUUGCUGCACUGACCUUCUGGCAUGGUGCAAUGAUGAACGACUGGGCGAACCGGUGGGUCAGCUACUGGUCUGACGGCAACACCGAUAUGGUUACCUCGGCAAUGGAGGAAACAGGCACCUAUCUGUCGAUUGAAUACCUGCACAAUUCAGGUCUUGUCGAUAAGCAUCGAUUUAUGGUUUUAAGGGCGGGUAGUAAUUACACCAUGCAGCCGCCAGGGGUUGGUGCCGCGGAGAAUCUGUUACGUGAAAAUGAAGGCUAUGCCGGUAUGGAGGCGUCGUUAGAGUCGCUGUAUCUGGUGGGUUCCGUGGUUAUCGAUGAGUUACUUGAUAACUGGGCUCUGUAUGCCUCCACGAUCCCCUCUCCGGAGAUGUCAGAGACAAUCGAUUAG